UUGAAGUACAGCAACAGAGGCGCUUGCUGCUGUACUCGUUCAUCAUCUAGGAUGCUCACUAGGACUGCCUUCAACCGCGCUGCUGCUCGCGCGACCCAAGUUUCGGCGAAACGGUGGGCAAGUGCUGCGGCAAACAAGGACAACUACAAGGUCGUGGUCAUAGGCGCCGGCGCUGGUGGGUUGACUGUCGCCAACCAGAUCUACAACCGUUUCAGUGCUGCCGGCAAGUCACUCAAUGAGGGUGAUAUUGCCAUACUUGAUGCCGCACAGUAUCACAACUAUCAACCCGGAUGGACACUCGUUGGCGCCGGGUUGAAGCACAAGUCGGAACUGCGUAGGCCGAUGGCGUCCCUCAUCCCUGAUCAUAUAGCCCACAUACCUGAAAACGUCCAAUCUUUCUCACCCAAAUCCAACGCCAUCACCACCACGUCCGGCCGCACGAUUUCGUACGAGUCCCUGGUUGUCGCGACUGGCUUGCAAUCCAACUGGGACGCCAUACCUGGUUUGAGCAAGGGGCUUGCGGACCCUCGGAGCGGCGUCUCGAGCAUCUACUCUUACGACACCUGCGACAAGGUUUGGAAUGAUAUCGACGCGCUCCGGUCCGGCACUGCCGUCUUUACGCAGCCCGCAGGGAUCAUCAAAUGCGCUGGAGCGCCCCAGAAGAUUAUGUGGAUGGCAUGGGACCGGUACCGGCAAACUGAGAGGGGCGACAACAUCAAAAUAGAUUUCUACACCGGAAUGCCCACGAUGUUCUCUGUGAAGAAGUACUCGGACGCGUUGGACAAGCUCCGCGUUGAGCGGGGCGUGGGCGGGCACUUCCAGCACAAUCUGACCAGCAUCGACGUCGCUAACCGCAGGGCGACGUUCAAGAAGGUCGACGGCACGGACGCCAUCAUCGACUACACGCUGCUCCACGUCGUACCUCCCAUGGGCCCGUUGAAUGUAAUGAAGGGACAGCCGAUUGCGGACGCGGCUGGAUGGGUCGACGUGAACAAAGAGACGUUACAGCACACGAACCCCGAAUUUAGCAACGUCUGGGCCAUCGGCGACUGCACCAGCUUGCCGACGAGCAAGACCGCUGCUGCGAUCACCGCGCAGGCCCCGAUCCUGACCGAAAACCUGUUCUCGUUCGUGAACACCGGCAAGCUCGCGACUGAUGCCAAAUACGACGGCUAUACUAGCUGCCCGCUUUUGACGGGCUAUGGACAGCUGAUGCUGGCGGAAUUCAAGUACGGCCUCGAACCGAAGGAGACCUUCAGCAACUUCGUGGAUCAGACGGUGCCGCAGAGGGCGUUCUACCAUCUGAAGAAGGACUUCUUCCCCUGGGUCUACUUCAACGCCAUGCUCCAGGGGCGAUGGUACGGCUCGGCGGGCCCCAUUCGCCCCAAGUUCGCGGGCCUGUGAAUCUUAUCUCAUCGCGAUCCAAUCUACAAUCGCUCGAAGAAAAUGCAAUAUUAGUCUCACUUCUUGUAUUCAUCGCUCGCGCAUGCAUAAUAAUCUUCAUUGACC